AUGUAUCCGCCGUACAGACCGCGUAUGGGCGCUCCGGGUGUUACUGGGCCCCCAGGCAUGCAACAAAUGCCGGGUGCGCCCCCCGCCUUCCCUGGCUUUCCCCCGGCCAACCUCCCUACCGAUAUCAACUUCUCUGCCCCGGUGAUCCGACUGGGCACCUCAGGCCCUUCGCACACAACCCCUACUGGCGCAGACACUCCCCGCGACCGUGAUCCCAGACGGCGCCAGGGUCUCGGCUACUCGAGCCAGGACAAAGACCGCCACCACCGCCACGGUUAUGGCCAUGGCCGCGAUGCUCUCCAACUGCCCACCAAGGAUCAGAGCGUGCGCACUCUUGUGAUUUCCGGUAUCACGGAAGGUGUAGGCGGCCACGACGGCAUGGAGCGAAUGCUCCAAUCUGCGGGUACUCUACGUCGCUGGAUUCCUGGAACCAAGGGCGAUGGCACGUCUGCCGAUUUCUGUUUCGCUGAAUUCGAACCGGAUAGCCUGGAGGUCGCAGUUGAGGUUCUUAAGGACAUUGAAGUGCCAAUGAAGCGCCAGCCGGGCAACAGCGAUGGUCACCAGGAGGAGAAAGAAGUUGAAAAGCGCAAACUUUCCGUAUCUGUUCAUGACGGUACUCUGAGCUUCUUGGAAAAUUAUGUCUCCACCCGACAGGAGCACGACCCGGCAGAGCUCCAGGCUCGCUUUGAUGCUGCGCGUAAUACCCUCAACAGCGUGCUCUCCGACCUGUUCCAGCCGGCUAAACCCACUCGAAACGAGGAGGACAUGGCUAUCGAUGCCGACGGAGACAGUAAGAUGGCGGUGGGCGAAGUCAUCACACUCACCAACAAUGAAGACGACUUGAGUGAUCUUCCUGACGAAGUGCGUGAAGGCGUCUCCGAGGAAAUCUCGGGGUUCCGCGAGCGCAGCCUCCUCCGCGAUGUUCGACGUCAAGAGCGUGAGGAUGAGAUUGAGGCCCGUCAGCGCGCUCAGCACGGCCGUGUGAGUGCUGCUUCUCCUCCAGCCUCGGCCCCGAGCGGCCCUGCGGGUGGCUCGAACGGAGUUCCCCUUGGAUCGCGCUCCCGCGCUGUUCCAAACGCCCCUGCCGGCCCCAAGGGUUUCGGCGUUCAGAUUCCCAAGGAGUACCAGAAGGGUGUGUCUUUUUUCAACUCUGUCAGACCUGCUUACCUUCUCAGAGACGACGAUGAGUCCGAGGCGAGUGAUGGAGAGCUUGAGCGCCGCCGUCAAGCCAAGCGCAGGCCGAACCUGGACAAAAAGGCCAACGACCUGGAACGCCGCGUGAUCCAGCGUGAGAUGUCCCGAGCAGCAGGCCCGGCACGCGAGCGAGGCCCUGACGAAGAGGAUGACAAGAGACUCCAAGCUGUCCGUGAGGCGGAUUUGAAGCAUUCUCAGGAGUUCAAAAGCGCGAUCGAAUCGCGUCGCAACACCUGUCUAUUCUACACUAACACGGAUAAAUGGCGCCGGCAGGUCAUGGCAGGGCGCACAGAGGAGCGUGCACAAGACAAAAUCAAUGCUGCUAAAUACAAGGCGCUGCUGGAGAAAGAAGCUCGCGCGAAGGCGGGAGAGUCCGGCCAGGCCCAGAACCAGGAGGUUCGCAACUCUGCAUCCCGUGAGGAACCUCGCUUCAAGCUUUCACUUGGGGCCGCCGCCGAGAAGGCACGCACGAACCGUCGUCGUACAGCUGCCGAGGUGGAAGGCUUGUUGGGAGACGAGGAGGAACCGGCUGAUACCACUCGCCGUCCUCUAAUCCCCAUCAAUUUCGACUCUGCUGCCGAAGGCGCCGACCUGUCCCAGGAGGAACAGAACCAAGUCAUGAAGCAGCUGGCUGCUGAUAUCCCGCAGGAUAAGGACGGCCUUUGGAAUUAUGACGUCCCAUGGGAGUUCGUGGACAGCGCCAUCAUGACCGAGCGCAUCAUGCCAAUGAUCGAGGAGAGAAUCGCUGAAUGUGUGGGGGUUCCGGAUUCGAUGCUGGUUGAUCUGGUUGUGACGCACUUGCGCGAGCGUAAUUCUCCACGGAAGCUUGUGGAUGAGAUCAGAGAUGCCAUGGACGAUGCCGAGGACGUGGUUCGCAAGAUUUGGCGCCGUGUUAUCUUCUACGCGGAAUGCGAGAAGCGUGGGCUGUCUCUGUAG